GGUUAGAGACUUGCGGUUUCAUCAUUCGGUUCAGCUUGCCGAGGUCUAUAAUAUGAGAUAGUUCUCGUCAUUGACGUCAAAGGUCCAUGGAAAUGGUGGUAGGUUUAUAUGGACUGAGUCUAUCCGUCGACGCCGAAAUUUUACUAAAAAUUCAACAUCUCGCGUUUCUCUUGGAUUCUCUGAAAUUUUCGUGUCUCUAAGUCAGCCGUUAGAAAAUAACACACUCAAGAUUAAACGAUAAUUGGUCCUAAGUCACUACUAAAAGUAGUAGUAGUAGACGAACUGUAGUAGUCUAUCAAUAUAAGCAACGUUUUCAUCUGUACCCUAGUGUGGAUACUAAACGAUUAGUACUAAUUUUUCGGAUUUGUCUCCCUUAUAAACACACAUUUCGUCAAAUAUAAUACCAUAUUCGGGAUCAGCGUGAAAAACUGCAUCGAAUGAUAUAUAGCCUUUUAAUUUUUCUGCAGAAAUAUUUUCGAUCAAAUUGAAUUAUAGACUUGAAAUAAAAAGCAGCGAAUUUUGCUUAGGAAUUUGGAUAUUUAUUUUAGCACAAGUCUAUAAACACAUUUUUUAUAGGUUUUCGAAUAGUGAGCUUCUCGAAAUGGAAAAAAUAUUUUUUAUGGGUCUUCCAGAGAUUCGGUCUCAGCUGCAUUUAAAAUUGAUUCAUCUGAAUUUGAUUUUGAACUUAAUUUGUGGAAAGUAAAAAUGAGAACAACUGAUGAUGGUUCAAAAGAUGUGCGAGAAUAUUUGGAAUUCCAGAAGAAGAAAAUGGAAGAAAUCAGUCCAAUUAUUUUCUUUGGUAAUCUUCUCUGCCAAGAAUUGGGACAAGUUGAAAAAGCUGAAAAAUAUUUCAAUAUGUUAUUAAAAACUUUGCCUAAAGACCAUGAAGAGAUUGAUAGUGUUUAUACUGGUAUUGGAAAUGUGAUGCAAGAGAAAGGUGAAUUAAAUUUAGCUCUUGAUAAUUAUCAACUGGGAUAUGAAAUACGUCAAAAACGCUUCGCUCCUGAUCAUCUGCGUAUUGCAUCAUCAUUAAACACCAUCGGAAAUAUUUACAGACGUAAGGGUAACUAUAACAAAGCCAUCAGUUACUUGGAGAAAUCUCUCGAUAUUUUCGCAAAGCGAUAUUCGGAUGGUCAUCUCCGAAAGGCUUAUUGUUUAACAAAUAUUGGCUUAGCUUUCCAAGCGAAGAAGGACAAUAAUGCUGCAUUAAAAUAUUUAAUACGGGCAUGUGAAAUGUACAAAGAAGUUUUACCCAGUCAACAUCCUGACAUAGCAUUAAGCUUUGGAGAACUCGCCGGCUUAUAUGAAGAUCAGGAAGACUAUGCUAAUGCAUUAAAAUAUUAUCAUCUUCAAUAUGAAAUGGAUGAAAAAUGUUUACCAAGUGAUCACCCAGAUUUAAGUAAACAUUUUGGUGACCUUGCUGAUGCCUACAAAAAGAAAGGUGAUAUUGAACAAUGUUCAGAAUUUUGUCGGACACAAUUAGUUAAACAGAAGAAUUUAUUUGGUGAUAAUCAUCCAAGAGUUGCACGUACUCUGAUGAGAAUGGGUGAUUUAACUGAAGCUUGUAAUACUUCAAUGAGGUAUUAUGAACAGGCAUUGAAUAUUUUGGAGAAUUGUAAUCAUCCUAAUCAAUCGAAUGUAAUUGAGUGUCUAGAAAAGAUCAGUGGUUUAUGUCAUGUAUGUAGUUUAUUCGAUGAAGCAAUAGUUUAUCGGUUGGCAGCCCUGGAAAUUCAACAAAAGUUAUUGUCCUCUGACCAUACGAAAAUCGCUCACUCAUUUCUCUGGGUUGGUUAUAUUUAUUUUGAACAGAAAAAUUAUUCUGAUGCUUUGAUUAACUUGGACAAAAGUUUACACAUCUAUCAGUCAAAUUAUUCAUCUGAACACGACACAAUAAAAGAAGUAAAAAAACUCAUAGAUGAAGUAAAUCAAGCCUUGAAUCCUCUAGCUGUACAAGACGAAGAACCAUUACCUCCUACUACUACACAAAUACUCACAACUGAUUCAGAACUUGAUGUCACAUAA